CUAGUAUCUGUUUUCUUGUUUGGAAUUAUAAUUCAGAAGCUUGAUUUUAACAUGCAUUAGUAGCUGUAAGCAGAUACAAAUUUUCCUUAAUUAUCAUUUAGGGAUAGUCAUCAGAAUUUAUCGAGUAAAUAGGAUUAUAGGGACAGGAAAGAAGUUAAAGGAGUCUUCCCAGUAUUUCGCUUGUAUAACUGGCUAAAUGCUGUGCUGUUUGAUGAGAAGAGGAACUCUUAGGGAAGUGUAGGAUUUUGUGGCAAAGUCAGAAAAUCUGCUUUGAGCAUGUUAAAGUUGAACCUAGAAACGUCCAAGUGGAGAUACUGGCUGAGCAGUGUGUUAAGUGGCUCUGGAGCCCAAAGGAAAGCUUGGGGCUGGAAGUGGAAAUUUUGGAGUCAUUUUGUAUUAAAAUUAUUUUAAAACAUUGGGACUACAUGACAUUAGAUAGUGAGCGCAUGGAUAGAAAUAUGAGGCCCAGGGCCUGAGCACAGGGAGUCUCCAACAUAAAGAUGGAAAGAAAGGAAAAGAACAAAAGAGGCUCAAGGAAUGGCCAGAAAGACGGGAAGAAAAACGUUGCCCUGAUGAUUUGGUAGCCAAGUGUAGAAAUUAUUUCAAGGAGGGAGUGGUAAUUGUGUUACGUGCUGCUGAGAGGUUGGUUUGUCUUCCACAAAUGCAGAAAUAAGAGAAUUUAUAGAUCAGAAUCUCAGUCCAACUAAAGAGUCUCAAGUUUCCAGUGAAUGGUAACAAAGACUGUAGAGUGUUGUUGGUACUGCAGUGAGAGGCAUGCUUCCUAAGACCAGGUAACAUUUCAUUUGUUGCAUUUCCAGUUCCCAGCACCAACUCACCAACAAAGAUUUUACCAAAAACCUUAGGACCAAUAAAUGUGAAUGUUGGACCCCAAAUGAUUAUAAGCACACCACAGAGACUAACCAGUUCAGGAAGCGUUCUGAUUGGGAGUCCAUACACCCCCGCACCGGCAAUGGUUACUCAGACACACAUCACGGAAGCUGCUGGCUGGGUCCCUGGUGAUAGGAAACGGGCUAGAGAAUUUAUAGACUCUGAUUUUUCAGAAAGUAAACGAAGCAAAAAAGGAGAUAAAAAUGGAAAAGGCUUGAGACAUUUUUCAAUGAAAGUGUGUGAGAAAGUUCAGCGAAAAGGCACAACGUCGUAUAAUGAAGUAGCUGACGAGCUGGUGUCAGAGUUCACCAAUUCAAAUAACCAUUUGGCAGCUGAUUCGCAGGCUUAUGAUCAGAAGAACAUUAGGCGAAGAGUUUAUGAUGCUUUAAAUGUGCUGAUGGCAAUGAAUAUAAUUUCAAAGGAAAAAAAAGAAAUCAAGUGGAUUGGCCUACCUACCAACUCUGCUCAAGAAUGUCAAAACCUGGAGAUAGAGAAGCAAAGGCGGAUAGAACGGAUAAAGCAGAAGCGGGCCCAGCUGCAAGAGCUUCUCCUACAGCAAAUUGCUUUCAAAAACCUGGUACAGAGAAAUCGUCAAAAUGAACAGCAGAAUCAGGGACCUCCAGCUCUGAACUCCACCAUCCAGCUGCCAUUUAUAAUCAUCAAUACAAGCAGAAAAACAGUCAUAGAUUGCAGCAUCUCCAGUGAUAAGUUUGAAUAUCUUUUUAAUUUCGACAACACUUUUGAAAUCCAUGAUGACAUAGAAGUACUGAAGCGGAUGGGAAUGUCCUUUGGCUUGGAGUCAGGCAAGUGCUCUCUGGAGGACCUGAAACUUGCUAAGUCUCUGGUGCCAAAGGCUUUAGAAGGUUAUAUCACAGAUAUCUCCACAGGACCUUCUUGGCUAAAUCAGGGACUACUACUGAACUCUACCCAAUCAGUUUCAAAUUUAGACCUGACCACUGGUGCCACCUUACCCCAGUCAAGUGUAAACCAAGGGUUAUGCUUGGAUGCUGAAGUGGCCUUAGCAACCGGGCAGUUCCUGGCCCCAAACAGUCACCAGUCCAGCAGUGCCGCCUCUCACUGCUCUGAGUCCCGAGGUGAGACCCCCUGUUCAUUCAACGACGAAGACGAGGAAGAUGAUGACGAGGAUUCCUCCUCCCCAGAAUAAAGACGGGAGAAAGCCUACGUUUUAAUGUUUGAUGCUCAUGUGUGUUUUUAGUGUGAGCUCUUGUUUUUGAAAUGAUUGCUUCAGUCUUUGCCUUUGCACUGUGUGUUCAGUGAAAACUAGAGAAACACGAUAAGCAAUUUACAUAAAGGCUAAGAAGAUUGAGAGGAAAGUUAACAUAGUGUGAAUGAGAACUCUGCCCAACAGAGCGGUAGGUCAUAUUGCAAACAAAGCAUGAUUUCUGAGGAUGUAGAGGGGCAGCAUCCCCCCAGAACUGGCAGUAUGAAUGAAGCUCAUUUAUCUUCCAUGAGGCGAGGUCUUUGUACUCCCCAUACCCGUGUAAUCCUUCUUAGAAUUGAGGUUGCCACAAGGAACAGUCCUUGACCGUCAUGCUUCAGAAGGUUCUCGCUCUCCCCCCCGGGCUGCCUGCUACAAGGCAGAAAUGAACACAAAACGUCUCCAGUGGGGAGAAUCGUGCAGUGAGGGGCAUGGAGGGCGAUGCUUGUGGCCUGAGGAGCACAGGUUGAACUGCUGGACUAGUUGAAAGUCUAGUUGAGGUGCUUUAUGCAUCAGCUGCCUUAGACAGCUUCUAGAAAGGAGCGAGCGCUAAUUUUUAAGUACUUAAGUGACAUUUAGAAUAAUUUAUAGUAAAACUGAAAUUAUCAUUAUUAGCCAAUGCAUUGGUGCAUAGAAUUUACUAGGGCUACUUCUGGAAGCCAAAAUAGAAUAGCAUUUCCAUGUGCAUUAAAUACUUUGCCAGCACUGCCUUUUGCCAGCGUUCUAAAUCUGGAGUUUUACAGAGAAGGGAACCAUAUCUGUAAUUUUAAUCAAAGCUAUGCAUUUCACAUGGCUUUUUCAUUUAAAACGAAACAAACAAAUUCCUAUGACCAAAUUGUUUGCCUACAGUUCCCUCAGUAAUUGUAUGAUGUCACCUAGUGUGCAAUUUGUGAAAGUGAACCAAAUGUCAUUACUUUUGUCUUAAAAGAAAAGUCUAUUUCAAGAAUA